UUCGCAUCUAUUCACCAUACCUGUGCGACGGAGGCACAUGCUACGUCCGUCUCUUACUUCCGAGGGAUACAGGAAAGAUGCUUUUGUCCACUCCUGGCGACGUCGAUGGCGAGAUUCGUGUAGUCUGUGGUGAGUCUGCCGAGUAUGGUAUAUGUACUGAUGUUUCUCGCGCCAAUCGAGUACCUGGAUCUACUACCCCAUAAAUCCGGCCCCAUCGAGGUCGUGCAUACUUACCACGUGAACGCAGACGUUGCUACACCAAGCGAGGCUCGCAUUGGCUGCAGCAACUCGUGUCUUGCUACCUACAUGGACUGGGCUGGAAGUGGGAAGAACUUGAAGAGAGCGACAUUCUGGUGAUUUCGCCUUUUGUCCGUUUCCCUUCGCCUGAUUGACCCUAGACUAAACUCGAACUGGACCAAUUCGAACGAAUGCGACUCAGCAGAACUACUGGCGCUCAGGCAACGAUGGACAACGACCACACAAACGGUGACCCCACGAGUGCACAAGAAGGAACAGUCGCGAAUGGCAAGACUCGCCUGUCGCCAGAGAAGGAGGCACAAAUGGAGGGGAGGGGGAAUGAAAACAGCUCACAUGAAUCAGGAAAGACAGGCACAGAGACCACAGAUGAGGUCAACUAUAUCACUGGGAUCCGGCUCCUUCUGGUGAUGCUGUCGCUAUCUCUUGUGGCAUUUCUAGAGCUUCUAGAUAUAGCGAUAGUUGCGACAGCUGUUCCCAGGAUCACCAGCGAGUUUCAUUCACUCGGAGAUGUUGGGUGGUAUGGUAGUGCGUACCUGCUAGCUAACGCCUCACUUCAACCGCUAGCAGGGAGGCUAUAUACGCACUUUGCGGCUAAGCGGAUUUUCCUCUCAUUUUUCGCCCUCUUCGAACUUGGUUCGUUGCUUUGCGGUGUCUCGACGUCGUCGAAGAUGCUUGUUGUCUCACGAGCUGCGGCUGGCAUUGGAAGUGCAGGCUUGGUGAACGGGGCCUUAACAAUCCUUUCGAAUAGUAUACCCCUACCUAAAAGGCCAGCAUACCUUGGAGGUUUGAUGGGCUUUGGCCAAAUGGGUGUGGUUAUUGGGCCCCUCAUUGGCGGUGCUUUCACCGAAUACACGACGUGGCGAUGGUCUAAGUCUCCUACCGGGUGCUUCUAUAUCAACCUGCCAAUCGGUGGCGUCGUGGCAAUCCUUCUCGUACUGGUGCGCCUUCCCAGCAACAGCCAGACUCGCGAGCUUUCCGUUUGGGAGACUGUCAGGACCAAACUCGAUCUCAUAGGAUUUGCUCUGUUUGCUCCCUCGACGAUCCAGCUUCUCCUCGCGCUAGAGUAUGGUGGCAACGAAGACGCCUGGAACAGUGCCACCGUGAUCGGACUCUUUUGUGGCGCUGGGGCCACAUUUAUCAUUUUCCUGGGGUGGGAAUACUACAAAGGGGAUGCCGCAAUGGUUCCUCUAUCUAUGAUGAAGGUCAGAGGCGUCUGGUCCAGCUGUGUGACUUCAUUUUUCUUGUUUUCUUCGAUGCAAGUGGUAAUCUACUAUUUGCCCAUCUACUUUCAGUCGACCAAAGGGGCAUCUCCUAUGAUGAGUGGGGUGGACUUGCUGCCCAAUAUCCUCAGUCAAUUUGUGGGCACCUUGAUCUCGGGUAUAGCAGGCCUCCUAGUGACUAAGAUGGGUUAUUAUCUUCCCUUCGUGGUGGCCUCUACUAUCUUUGCCUCAAUAGGUCACGGCUUGCUCUCCACGCUGUCUCCGACGAGCUCCUCUGGGAAGUGGAUAGGAUACCAGGUCAUCGUGGGAUUCGGCCGUGCGCUUGCCUUACAGAUGCCGUUUGUGGCCGUACGAAACACGCUCCCUGCUUCGAUGGUCUCGAUCUCCAUGUCCUUGUUGACAUUCACGCAAACACUCGGCGGAGCACUGCUGCUGACCUGUGGUGAGACGAUCUUCACCACCAGCCUUCGAGACACAAUUCCGAAGUACGCUAAAGGUGUGAAUCCCGAGGUGGUUAUCGCUGCGGGGGCGACCGGUAUCAGUAAGGUAGUCACUGAUCCGACGGAGCUGGCGCGGGUGUUGGUUGCAUACAGCAAGAGCAUCGAUCGCGUCUUCUACCUUGCAGUUGCGUGCUCAUGCGCUGAUUUCCUGACUGGGUGGGGGAUGGGGUGGAAGGAUAUUCGGAAAGAGAAGAAGAAGGCAGCAGACCCUCAGAAAGAAGAGGCUUAA